UAUUUUGCUGCCCCUGUUGCCAACAUGCCUGGAUAGCUAGGAUUUCAAAUAAGCGAGGGUAAACAGUGAUUUUUAUACAACUGCGCGACAUUUUACUUGCUAGUUUGGGUAACAAUCUUAUUUUCUGAGGUUUGAGAAUAGUGCAAAGUUCGCUUUGGUAUCUUAAUGAACAAGUCCUAAUAUUAGCUAACGCUACUUACUGAUAGCAAACACACCAAACAAAACCCACUAACUAGCAAGCUAGGUGUUGUUGUUUUAGCUAAAUAUAGCUAGCGAAAUUUGACUUUGCUGCAGACUCGAAAUAUCCUCUCAAUGACCGACGACUGGAAAGGACUGUUUGAGAGAGGACGGGUGAUUCCUCCACACAGCCAGACUGUUCGACUGGCCCAGGACUCAUCCCACACCCAUUCUCAAGGCUUCCAAAUCAUUCUGAAGCAUCUUGAUGGACUUCACAUUCAACAGGAGAAGAAGGAAGGGGAGUCAGAAGGGAAUCGAAAGAGGGAACCAGUCAAGUACCAGCUGAGUGUUUCCCUGCUUGAUACCAGCCACCAGCACUUCUUCGGGAGAACGUUGAAGAGCUCACCCCAACAGAUGAGUGGUGUCCACAGGGCAAUUUUUAAUGAGGUGGUGUACCUCCACACCUCUCUGCGUCUGCCAAGCGUGGUGGCCGUGGUGGAGCUGGCGGCGUUACAGUCCAGGGCAGACGGCUCCCAGCAUGCACUGGGGUGUGGCUUCGCCAUCCUGCACCUCUUCUCCAGCAUGACAGAACCUCAGGCCACCGAGGGGGACAGAAGGCUAAGUAUGUACCACGGAACACCAAGGAACCUACUCCAUCCACUAGUGAGGGACCCUAUAGAGCAGAACAAGCUGUUGAGGCCCAUCGAUGGUGCUCAUUUGGUGUGCAGCUUGAAGCCUCACCCUGCUCUAGCCCCUGCCAUGCACCUCUUCCCCCAGAACAUGCUGGUGUCUGGAGAUGAGAACAUCCCUGGGGUUACGCCCUCCCCUACAGGAGAUUCCCUGUUGAAGCCCCACAUGGUGAAGAGCCUCACCUGCUUCCUGGACAGGCUGUCCAUCUCUCUGCAUCCCUCCCUGGAGAAGUUUGAGAGCCAGCUGCUGCAGCAUGUCAGCACGGACUGCCACAACACGAAACACUCUGGUCCGGAGAGCUCACCGGUGGUGGUCAUCCAGGAGCGGAGGCUCCACGUGGGGGUCCACAACGGCUGGGGCUUCUUGGAGCGCCCCCAGGCGGUGGUGCUGGAGACAACCGAGGCCACCGAUUGGAGCAGGGGACGUACCAAAGGGGGCACGUCCCGACAGGGCACACUGACCAGAGACUGCAGCUCCAGUCCUAGUCAGAACCUGGCUCUACGUAGCAGUCUGGAGCUCAAGCUGCCCAGUCACCAGGCUGUGGGGAUCGCCCUCCAGCUUGAGUAUGUCUUCUCCUCGUCGCUCAUUGGUGACGGAAAGCUCUCCUCGACCUCCACAAUCUCCCGGACAGCCUUCAUGCAGUGCCUGCGCUGGGGGGUGUGGUGCCCCUUCCAGGAGUGGGGUACCCUGAGGGCCGAAGAAGUGAAGCUUAGUCUGCAGGGCGGCUCUACGCCCAACCCCUAUGGAAUCAUGGCCUAUACCUCUUCCUCUAACAGCCAAAGUCCUGCCCAGGUGGUCGAUGAGAGGGACAUGGUCAGGUUCCGUCUGUCUUCCAGCUCAGUGCAGAAGGCCUCGUCCAGCACACCCGUGUCUCCGAGGAGGAGCAGGGCAGGACAGCAGAGGAAACCUCCCUCACCCUCACCAGGUCAAAGUCUGCGUGCCUCUCAAGCAUCUCCUCCGGGAUCGCCACAAGGCCCAGGGCUCUCUAUGUCUCAGCUGGCAGCUACUUCACGCUACCCGACCAUGAGCCACUCCACUGCCGUGUCGCCAUGGCAACAGCCGUUUUCCUCUCUGCUCUAUCCUUCCCCAUUGGCAUCGGCCCACCAGCUGUCACAUGUCGAGCUCCCAGCUGCCAGCAACAUUACCCACCUUGAGGUGGACCUAAACGUGUCCCCUAGGGACCGCCUCCCUGCAUACCAAUCUGCCGCGCUGGCCAACGAAGGCCACCUGGAGCUCCAAGAGCUGCCGUUCACCCCCAUCCAUGCCCCCAUCAUCACCAUGGGAACACAUGCUGCGCCCAGCUCUUCCUUUGUGAGUUCCAGGAGCUCCCUGGCCCACCUCUACUCAGCCGGCUUCCCCAACAUCACAGACCCCAGUGGGCUGGUGGCUGAAGUGCAGGACCCGACAGAACCAGUCAACUUUGACCCCCAGAGAGAGGAGGCGGAUCCCCUGCAGGGCAAUGUGCUCCUGCUGCAGUUUCUGGCAUUUUCCAGGAUACCACAGCAAGGGGGGAGCAGCAACUGGCCAGACUCUGUUCAUUUCACCUUCCAGCUCUACCGCUUCCCACCAGUGACCACACAGCGCCUGAAACUACUGGGCAUCGACAAGCUGCCGAAGAAAUCCAGCGAGACGCCACCCUGUGUCCUGGCCGUCAUUAACAAGGAUGGAACAGUCAACUCUGGCUCCCCGGGGCUCCAGCUGCAGUUCCGUGUGGACGGGGCAUUCUUGCAGCCGGGUGAGAGACGCUGGUUCCUGCGCUACCUUGCCCUGCACACUCUGCAGGUGGAUGUGUGGGACAGCCAAUCCCUCCUGCUUAUCGGCUCCACAGCCCUGGGGCUCAAGCAUAUGUUGCGGCAGGGCCGUCCAGCUGUACAGGCCACUCAUGAGCUGGAGGUCAUCACCACAGAGUACAUGGGUGAAGGUGUGCCGGUGAGCCUGCACCGGGCCCCCAACCCGAUCAGUGUCUUCACCACCAUCAAAGGUCGGCUCCAUCUGCGCCUGGGCAACGUGGGAUGUCCUGUAGACCAGAACAAACCCAACAAGCCCCAGUGUCUUCCUCCGUCACGCUCCCACAUCAUCUCGCCGCCGGAUGCCACAAGUGGCUUCACCGGGGGCAGCUUGUCCUCCAAGAGCAUCCAACGACUCAGCGUGCGUAACGCAGCGCGGGCCCAGAGGCUGGUGGAGCUGGACGGGGACCUGGUGCCGUUGCUCCAGAGCCAUAUGAAGGAGGGUGGUGGGACACCCUGCACUAACACCCCCUGGUGGGGCGAGACCGACGACGUACGCCAGCGCAAACUCAAUCGCAUGGUGGCCGUGCGGCAGCACGAGGGGGGACAAGAUGGCACCGGCAGCGAGGUCAAGACGAAGGUCACGGGCCGCCGAGCAGAGCGUGCCCAGUUGGCGCGGGACCUGCGCCUGAUGCAUGCCUACAGGGAACGCAGUAAGGCAGAAGGGAUCACCCACAUCCUGAGCCAGGCCAUCACCAUACACCACACCAUCUACGCCACGCUGGGCACCGCCGAGUACCUGGAGUACGUCCUCCGCAACCCCUUCAACACCCCACAGACUGUCACCAUCUAUAGCGAAGACCCCGAGCUCAGUGUCAUAACGGACUGUGACGAGUGGAGGUAUUUCAAGACACUGACCAAAACCUUAACCCCCCUGGAGGAGGGCAUGUUCCACCUCAAAGAGGGCACGCUUGCCCCCCAGGUGUACCUGCGGCCCAAGGAGAGUGUGCACGUCCCCCUCAAAUACCAGACCUUCGUCUCAGACAACUCUGUGGUUCCCCAGGGGCCGAGUCUCAUACCCAGUGGCAGAAGUACUCAGGUGGCCAAGAAACAUCUGUCCAAUACUGUGCUGGCCAAGUCAAUCAAGGUGACAUUCAGGGCAGAGGAUGAUAAGCCGCUGGCCAUCUGCCAGGUGAGCGUGGAGCCCACGCCUCACGUCAUUGACCAGACAUUCCGCUUCUACCAGCCAGAGUUGUCCUUUCUGAAGAAGGCCCUGCGCCUUUCCUCCUGGGAGAGAACGCCAGUUGGAGACACAGAUGCUGGGUCUCAGAUCUCAGUGCGCUGCAGUGACCCCAACGUCAUCUGUGAAACAAAGAUGUUGGCACAAGGGGAGCCUCAAGAUGUGUAUUUAAAAGUGCCGGGCAGUCCGAGCCCGCAAAUCCGAAAGUUCUUUGUCACAGUGUUCACUGAUAAGUGGCUGGCGGUGCCCGCCCAAGUCUGGCAAGUAUAUGUGCACUUCCUGCAACGGGUGGAUAUCAGCUGUGUGACUGGCCAGCGGACCUGUCAAUCACUGCUGAUACGGGGCACCCAAGCCACCCGGAAGGUCCGGUGUUACACCUCGCACCCACAGGAGCUCAAGGUGGACCCAGCGGAGGUGUUUGUCCUCCUCCCGGGUGUGGUACAGGACCUGCAGCUGUGUGUGUGUCCGUUGCGGGCGGGCAGCCGCUUCUGCUACCUCACCGUGGUGGACGUGGAGCAACACACGCUGGUGUCCUGCUGGCUCCUCAGCCUCACCUGUCGCCUGCCCAUCCUCUCCAAGGCUUUUGAAAUGUGUGCACCUGUGGGAGGGGGUCGGGGGAGCACACGGAAGAUCACUUACACCAACCCCUACCCCACCAGCCGUGUCCUCCUGCUACGGUCAGACCACCCUGACCUUCUCCAGUUUAAAGAGGACAGUUUUGAGAUUGGGGGAGGGGAGACCUACCGCAUCGGGCUGCGGUUCGCUCCCAGCCAAAGUCCUGGUGCUCAGGAGAUCCUCAUCUACAUCAACAACCAGGAGGAGACCACGGAGGAGACCUUCUGUGUGAAAGUGAAAUACACCUGAACACACGGCAACUCAACGCAGUACUGUACACAUCAACUACUACCGUACAGAACAAUGAUGUUUGCUAAGAAAGACAGCUUAACAAUGUUCUCAUCAACUACUGUAUAGAACUCAACACUUUUCUACUUAUGAAAGACGGCUCAAUUCAGUACUCAUCAACUUCUGUAUAUAUAUAUAUUGUUACACGAUGGCUUGAUGCAUAUGAAUGACUGUAGAAUAUUUAGUAUAGAUGAGUUACUUUAUAACUGAAAGGUCCGGGACAUAUGACUGUAGGCUAAUUUAAAUAUUAUUACAUAUAAACAACUGUAUAAUUCAAACAUGCAGUCUAGAUUAAGUACUCUAUAACUGAAAGGCUUACUACACUUGACUAUAUUUUUGAUAGACAAUCUUUUCCUUGUAUAUGUUAAAGUUGAAGUGAUGCUUCAGUGCGACUGUGUUGAUUGAGUUAAGUAAGAUAUUUAUGUCUAGGAAUACAUGUAUGAGGAAAAACAACUUUAUAAUGCACAGUGUGAUGUGAUGGAAAGCCAUGCUGUUGUUCCACCUAAAUUCCACCUAAAUAGGUAAUGUUUCAAGAAUCAAACGCAAAUACAGUAUAGGAUGCCAAAAGAAAAGCUCCUAAAGAGAGAGCCUGUUAUCUCUUGCAGCAGCCAGAGGUAAACACACACCCAACAGUUCACAAAUCAUAUUCAGGGUCAGAUAUGUCUUUAUUUGGGUGGUGAUGUACUGUACGUAAUCUUUUCUAAUAUCAUAAGACCCCCAGACAUGUACUUUUUCUUUCUAUAAUGUUUGUCAUUUAGCAGACACUCUUAUCCAGAGCGACAUACAGUAGUGAGUGGAAACAUUUUCAUUUGUACUGGUCCCCAUGGGAAUCGAACCCACAACCCUGGCGUUGCAAGUGCCAUGCUCUACAGUUGUUAUUUACGACCCCACCCCCCUUUUGUCCCCGACAAGGCUUGCGUUUCUCCAGAUAGCUCUUAUUAGCAAGGGCAGCACCCCUCUUCUUCCUCUCUCUCUUUCGCUGUCUCUCUCCUUUUUCACAUGCCUCCCUUUCCCUAUCAGAGCCCAGGUCCUGCACAUUCUGUCAACAACCCCCGUCUUAUAUAAGCAUACCGCCUCGUUACACAACCUCGCUCUCUCUUCCUCAUUAGAAUGCAGGCUGCCAAAAGCCAGUACUGCUUGUACUCAGAAGAGGAGGAGAAAGGAGAAAAAAGCGAUUAAAUUGAAGAUACAAAAUGGGAAGUUAACAUUGCUUCAAAUAUUUACGGGGCUGGAGGGCUGUCCAUUUCUUAUUCUCCUUUUAUAAAAAUAUUUAAAAAAUGUAAUAGCUAUUCUAAGACUUCUCACAUAGACAGUGUAAUUAAUAUAAUAUCCAGCCUCCUUCCUUAGGCUUAGGACCAUCUACCACCACUAUCCUUUAGUUCAUUUUCACAUUUUCCACCCUCUAAGGCUUUAACUGGCACCCUAUUCCCUAUAUAGUGUAAUCUUAAUAUACUACUUGGUACAUGAUAUUGGGAAUGGAGUGCUAAUUCGGAAAGAUACAUUUUUUUAAUGAAAUCAUGAAUAUCAAUAUCACUUUGUUUCUCCCCCAUGAGGGCACUGCUAUACUGAACCUCAUUAGCUUCUGGUCCAGUAGUUGUCUGUUCCUCUUGUCAGAACACUGACACCUGCAUUCAGCAAGGUCAGCGCAUCUGUGCUUUCCAAGCAAUUCUCAAGUAUACUGUUGAGCUGUAGCUAGCAAAGUGGUCUCUCUCCCCAUCCCUCUCCUCCCCUAUCCCCCUCCUCUCUCCUCUGAAUGACAUUUGAGCUUUGACCUCAAAUUGGAUGAGGAACUCUUCAAUAUCUAGUGCUUCUAUGGAGAUUGGAUGCAUGUUUGAAUGCUUUCUGUGUACUUCAGAUUGAGAUACAUUUUUGUGCCCAUGAUUUUUGUAUUUUAUUUUGGUUAAUGUAUUUAUACUUUUGAUAAUCUACUUGAUAAUCCUGCGUGUGCUAUGUAAUACACUUUAUAUUGUUUCAAACUCUGCUCUGUUGAUGUCCAUGCAUGGUAUGCCACUAGUUUGUGCUCAGUCAGAUCCUAAAUAUAGUCAGCCAAUAUGCACCACUUUAAUUCACUUCCAGUGCUGUAAGGAUGGCACCAUAGAAAGAGGCGGGACAUCUAUGAAAACUGAUUUAUAAUUCUAUAUGCAAUAUGUUUUUGUUAUGUAACUGUGUAUCUCAGUGUACUGCUGAGAAAUGAUCAUACUUUACUUACUGUGCUGCUGCAGUGAAAGUGUACCACAGACACACACACACACCUUUAACCUCUCAUUCAAAUAAACGCAUACAAGAACUCACACAUACAUGUAAUAUUGCCAGACAUGCACACAAACAUAUACAGUUGGCAUUGCUGUUAUGAAUUUGAUGUCCUUACGGUUUUUUUUGUGUGUGUGUUGUUUUUGCAUUGUUGUUUUCUGUUUUCUUCUGUCUUCCUUUUUUCUCUGUAGAUCAUUCUCUUGGUUGUUGGUGCAUUGGCGGGUUCCUGGGGGUGGGGAAUGGAAUUAUUUUUAUUCUUGAGGGGGACUGUGGGAUGGGUCUAGAAUGGUUGAGGGACAGCUAUUGGGGAACUGUGGGGGGGAUCUCGGGGGGUUAGGGUUAAAGUUUUUUGUCCUGGUGGGAGAUCUUUCAACGUGCCCUUGAGCAGGUCAUUGACCCUGGAUGCUUCUGUGUGUCGCUCUGAAUGGGGAUCUGUUGGAUGACUGGUAUGGUGUAGAUGUUGAGCAGCAAGUAUAUUGUAUGUUUCGGAUAUUCAAUAAAAAAAUAUGUUUUUUAAACCUGUCAGGUCUUACCUCCCCGUUUCAAAACUGCAGUGAAAGUGUACCACUGACACACACACACACCUUUAACCCUUUAGUGAUAGUCCUGGAGCUAAAGUUUGUCUCUCUACAUAAGCCACUGUCUGGGCUUACAACAAAAAUGCCUCAAGUAAUGAAUGUUAUUUGUUAUACCUUUUUGAAGAAGUUUAGACAUUGUUGCUCUCUGUAAGCAGUGUCUCACCGAACAACAAACUGUCACUGUGUGCCUUUCACAAGAACAAACAUGGCAUUUUCGUAUGGAACAACUCGUACAAUAGAACAUACUUUUCAGCACAAUACAUGUAUCUUGAUUUUCAUUUCAUGGACUGUUUCAUGGCCAUUUUCUCACUUUGUCAAAUAAAUCAUGCGGAUAUUGUCCAUCGCCAUCA